GAUGUCUGCGAUAAUCACUUGAUUUAUCACUAUUUAAUGUAUUGGUGACCAGAUUUGGUGAUCCAUUCACACCAUUCACGCCAUAAUGUCGUCCAAAAUGAAAGGCAAGAAAUGGUCGACUGACUCGAGAGGUCACUCCAGAAGUGAUCCGUCGUUUGAUUUGUUAGAAUUGUCUCAACUCUUGCGCAAAGAAUACACGUUUGUCUCAAACGAAAGAAAUAAUUUACAAAAACUCAAUGAAAAGGUGGUGACGGCGUCUUCGCGAGUGUUCAACACGUGUUAUAUAUCGCGCGAACAGCGGUCUCACAGCGAAAGACUGAUAUCACACGGAAGUGCGGAUCUACUGAAUUGUUGCAAUGCUUUCAAUCGCUUAGAAUGUCUUCAUUUCGUCGACGCCUACAAGAAGUUGGGCUCAAAUGAGCCACAAAUCAGUGAAUUGAUUGCUUUCGUCCGAAAGAGUCCCGAAUUGUUGGCUAAAUGUUUGAUAUGUUUGGAGAAAAUGAGACCCGAAUUAGUGGAGAAUAUUUCGCAAACAAUUUUGUCGAGUCUUUACUCCAAUUGUAUCUUAAAUGAGGACAAAGUGUUUGCUAUGAAACUAAUGAAACACUUGAUUACUGCUGAGCUGUCAGUCAUUGCAAACCCGCGACGAGUAUUGCGUUACAGUUGGUGUGCAUUCAGUCAUAUUUAUCGACUAUUUUGUGAUCAAAUAUUGGACGCAAAGCCAUUCCUAACGGCAGCUCUUUAUGAACCGGUUAUGCAAUUGUUGGCUGAAGACGACCUGUUCCUGGAUAUAGAGCCCAAUAGGGCUGCCGUCAGAUUCGCACCGUCUGAACGCAUUCGCCAUUUUGGCAAAGAAGGCACUCAACUCUAUUACGAGAAUCUCCAGAAAUACAGGAUUUGGACGAUCAAUAAAUUGGCACUUUUUGUCACCAAAUUUGUUGACGGAAUUCAAAACAAUAUCUUUUGCUUUCCUCACAGUCUGUCAUGGAUUGUGAGACAACUGUACGCUUCGAUCGUCGACAACAAGAACAUUGAGCCCCGAGAAGUGGCCGCCAUUUGUACGGAUCUAUUGUUUGGCUUUUUCAUAUGUCCAGCGAUUUUAAACCCCGAUUUGUUGGGUAUAACCGACGCUCACGUGAGUCAUAUCUCACGCUUCAAUUUGCAACAAAUCGCACAAAUCAUUCAAAUGCUUGCACUCUCUAAAUGGGAACAAAUUGAUCCCAAACUGGAAGACCUUUACUCCCGAAUACCCAAAGAAGGCAUAACCAAACUCUUGGAUCACAUUCUUGAGAAACGUAACGAUGAGUUACCCGAAGAACACAAUAAUCUUCAGUUACUCAACAGAUAUUCUGUUCUUAUCUCAGAGACAGAACUCAAGAAUUUUAUUCAAUUUUUAAAUUCAAUGAACUUUGAAACAGAAGACGAGAUUACAAAGAAAAUGAAGGAUAUUCUCGAGAAAAUUCCCGAAAACUUUAUCACUGAAAGCACUGAUAAACAGAAUUCAAGCACAAUGUCUGAAAACUCGCCGCGAAAUCGGAGAAGUAUUUUGAAUCGCGUCACCAAAAAGAGUAAAUCCAAUGAAUUGCAGUUGAAUUCAAACACAUCCGAAACCACUGUCGGACAGAACAGAGGAUCAGAUCUGCAAAAUAUGGAUGUUGUUUCAUUAGUUUCAUAG